GCUCCGCAAGCUGUCCGGCUGGAACUGCGACAUGGAAUGUGCCGAUUUGCUGCACACUGUAUGGGUUGGCUGUGCCAAAGAUCUGGUGGGCUCGGUGCUACUGGAUGUGGUGCAGUACGAUCCCCGCCUGGCAAACUCUGAUUCGUGGGACUCGGGCUUGGCAGCUCUGCUCUCGCUUUUUCACUCUUGGUGCGAGACCCGCAAACUUGACAAAAGCCUGGUGGAGGAACUGAGUUUGGUAAAGCUUGGUGUUACAAACGCUGUGCAAUUUGAUUUCCCGAAGGGAAUGAGCAAGGCUUAUCCAAACAAGGUCCUGGUUUACUUCCUGGCCGACCUGCUUCAGGCCACGACGGUUCCGGAACUGAAGCGCCAGGCUGUGGCAUGCUGGGCCUUGGCUAACUGGUCGUACGUGAUCGACAUGGCCGAGGUUUUUUUGACAGAUGCUGAAGCUCGACAAGCAGUUGAAAGUGCCAAGCUCUACUUGCAGUGCCACAUGCUUCUGGCGAGGCUUGCUUUGGUGGCAGGGCGGCCAAGGUACAAGAUCAGGCUUCUGCAGCGCAUGAUCAUGCAGCUGAAUGCUCAGGUUGAUGACUUGCAAUUGGUUAUCGGUGGCUGGGAUGAUGCGAAGAGAGGAGAGAUCGAACAGGAAGUCCGAGAGCUUUUCUCGAAGAUUGAAGCCUCACCCCUGUUGUUGAAUAUUCAUGUUCCUUUCGUGCGCAGCAGGUUUGCAAGAGUGGAGCUACUUUUCACAAGCAGUAGCAUUGCAGAACGACGUCGCAUCCAGACCUUGACCCUUGAAGCCCUAAAAAAGGCCCUUGUGGACUACACCAGUGCGAUACAGGGGCAGCAAGCAAAACGCCUUUGGGUCACGAGAAACAGAUCCAAGGAGGACAGGGAGAAGAUCCGUGCACUUGUUAGUAUGAAGGACUAUGCAAAGCGCUACCUUGACGAAGGCCAGAUCGAUCUAGACUGGCGGGGGCGACUUUGGUUGAAGGGAGAACAGGUUCUUUACUGGCAUGUAUGGAAGAAGCCCGUUGAUGGUUCUGUGAUGUUGACUAAUGCAGCUGGGGAUGAAACUGGAUGGUGGGUUGAUUCAGACCAGUUCGCAAAGCUUCUCAACCUGCCGGCAGACCAGGGUUCCUUCUCCAGGGCAGGGCUAUGGGUAGAUCCUUUUGGAUGGGUACCGCCCAUCUUCCCCAUCAGCAACGCCCCGUAUCAGGAUGUUAUCGUGAUGGGAUUAGAUGCCAACCAAGACCCUCUGAAUUCGAAUCCACACUUUCCUGCACUGUCCCGCCUUCAGUUCCUUGCCCGACACCGCGGACUGGAAUUCAACAUGCAUGUGGGGGCCACGUGGGAGGACCCCAGUAUUCCAUUCGACCCGGACGCUUUCGCUAAGGAGCGAACCAGGCUGGCUUCUGAAGUUUCUAAGGCGACAGAGCGGCUAUCGCACACCUUAGGUGGGGAGGACGAGGCUUUCCGAGCUUUCCGGACAUUCUAUGAAGCGAAGUACUCUAGACCCCAAACGGAGCCCGAUGUCUCCCCUGAUCAACAGUCUGCAAUGUUUGAGCGGCACCAAAAUGCCAACACUGAAAGAAUCACAGAUGAGGAAAUCGCGGAGGCCCUCUCUGCAACCAAGCCCUCAACCUCUUCCGGCUUGGACUCUGUCUGUUACGGGGCCAUUGCCUCCUAUCAUAAAGGAGACUCACAAGGCAAGCUGGCCUCCUUCUUUACGGACAUCUUGCUAGGUAUUUGGGGUAAAGGGGCAGCUGCCCCCCUGCAAGGAGCAGAGAGCCUGCUGUUGUUCGAUCACCCGGACACUCCGGUUUCAGAGAAGUUGGCUCUGUUCCAGUCCUACAUCACUUCCAAGUGGGCUUGGUGCGCGCCGUUCCGUUAA